UUCGCUUGCGCACGUUACCAACGCCGUCAACGCACAAUAAAGAUGCUGGCAGCACUGGCAGCUGCACUGACGGUUCUGCUUAUCGCAGAUGCCGUGCCUUCGACUGCGGCGGCAGCAGCAACGAUCAACAGCAGCCUUCACACUGACAUCAGCAACGACACGGACACGAUGCAGAAGCUUUCGACGCACAUUCUCGAUACAACGCGCGGUAAGCCGGCGACGGAGGUACCGGUGACGCUGCAUUACCGCACAUCCAGCCAAACCUGGACCAAGAUCAGUACGGGCAUUACCGACAGUGACGGACGCUUCCGGAGCUUCUUCACUGAAGGUCAAUCGGCGCUGGAGAAGGGUGUGUAUAAGCUACAUUUCGAUGUUGGGCCGUACUUCCGUGGACGCAGUGUCGAAAGUCUGUAUCCCUUCAUUGAGAUCGUGUUCACCGUUGCUGAUCCGCUACAACAUUAUCAUAUACCGCUGUUGCUGAAUCCGUUCGGUUACUCAACGUACCGUGGUUCAUAG